AUGACAGAAAUGAGAGAAAUGGUUGGAGAGCAGAAAAAUAACGAAGAAACUGAAGAUAUGAGUGGAAGAUUGGAAAUAGGACUGAAAGAUGAGCGUGAAAUGGAAUGUUUGUGCGAGAUUAUCACCGAUUCUGAGCGAGAAUCAAUGGUUAUUGAUAAGGCUGCACAAAAUCAAUGGUUCGGAGUGGUUGAAGCUUGCAAGGAUAACGUUUAUAUUAACAAUGUAUGGUUGGACUUGAUGUUGACUGUUUGCAGAUUCCACAUUCAACGCUCUUCUUUGCUCUGA